CACCUCGUGACUGUGUUUCAAUGCUAUUCUUUGUUUUAAAUAGGAUCCUCUGAAAUCUUGAAAUCUAGUUUCUACAUUGUAUUCUCUUCCAACGCUGUUAACAAUGCCACGAAAGUGUUGUGUUCCCGGUUGCAAUACAAAUUAUGACAGUAGUGUGAACAAUGAACGCGUAUCUGUGUUUACAUUUCCAUCAGACCCAGAUCGUAGAAGGCUUUGGCAACAUAAAAUUCCAAGGAAAGAUUUUAUUCCUACUAAGCAGUCUGUUGUCUGUGCAAAACAUUUCACCGAGGAUUGCAUCUUGCGUGUUGAUUCUUUCACUCGAGCAGUGGACAGAAAAAUACCAAGACUGAGCGACAGUGCUUACCCCACAAUUUUCCCCAAUUGUCCUUCAUAUUUGUCUGAACCGACACCCGUUAAAAGAAAGAAACCGGAAGAAAGACUAAAAGAGGUGGAAAACCGAGAUGAACAAUCUUUUCGUGAGUGGAUGGAAAGAGACAAAAUAAACGGUUUCUCUGAUGUGACAAAUAAAUUACAAGCCAAGAUCAAUGAUGGAUGGUUAUUUAAGUACAACAGUGAAGAAUACUGCUCUCUGUAUAGAAUUGAAGACAUCCCUUCAUCAAAGCCUUCUCUUCUUGUAGCUAUCAGGAUAUUCAAAGACAUGCACGUGGAAGUCUUUUCACUGUCAUCCUCAACUCUGGUUCGAGUCGCUGAUUCAUCACUAACAUGGCUGUUUGGGAAACCUUCACCCCUGUUACUCACGACAUGGUCUCAGUUUGACAGUUUAAUUUCCUAUUUCUCGCAAAACAAUGAUGUGGUAACUAAAGACGUAGAUAUUAAAGAAAGAAUUCAAGUUUUUACAGAUGGUUUGCAAAAGCUGUGCUCGGACACAAUGGACAAUGAUAUAGACAGUGAAAGUGAAGAUAAACAAUCACUGCGAUUUUUAGUGGAACAGCUUCAUUUGUUAACAUCGCCUGUAAAGCGUUAUUCUAGUGAGACGUUGCUGUGGGCUUUCCAGAUAUUAGCAACAGCCCCCACCACUUAUUCAAUGCUGAGAAGUUCUUUAGCCUAA